CCGUUCUCCGCUCUCUGUCAUGCCUCAAGUAAGGUCGGAAGUCGAUCUUCUCAUAAUUGGUACCGGACCUGCAGGCUUGAUGGCUGCUGCUUGGGCAAGCCAAUGCAAGCUCAAAACAAGAAUCAUCGACGAUAAAGAUGCGAGAGUCAGAACUGGCCAAGCAGACGGUCUACACUGUAGAACUCUCGAAAUCAUGGAUAGCUUCGGCAGCCCAAGCAUUGCCCAUGAGAUCCUCGGUCAAGCUUGCGUAAUCAAGGAGAUCAGUUCAUGGGCAUGUACACAAGACAAGUGGGAAAAUCCCAAGGAAGGUGAAGAAGAACAUAUCGAACGAACAGAGUCGAUACGCUCGGGCGAGGAAGACUUGCCGGGUAGUCGGUUUCCUCAAGUGAGUCUUGGUCAAGGCAGCGUUGAACAAGCAUUUCUCAAUUUCCUCGAACAAGAUGUCGGCAAGAUACGAGUGGAACGCAGAUGUACGCCUGUGAAGCUCCAUGUUGAUGGAACGAGAGUGGAUGACCACGAUGCAUAUCCUGUCGAAGUCUACCUUCAGAAACUGGAGAAAGAUGAACGAGCAGACUCUUCCGGUUUCGCGGCAUCUGAGAAGGUUGCCACGGAGACCAUCCGAGCAAAGUACGUUCUGGGCACCGACGGUGCGCACAGCUGGACACGAAAAGCUCUGGGUCUGCAAAUGGAAGGCGAUACAACGAACAAGCACUUUGGCGUCAUGGACUUUAUUCCACUCUCCAACUUUCCAGACAUCAGGAUAUCCUGCGUGAUCCACUCUUCGUCAGGCAGCAUCAUGAUUUUGCCACGAGAGAACGGACUAGUCAGGUUCUAUGUCCAGCUUGGCGAGUCUGAUAGCCAAGGAAGCGACUUUGAUCGCAGCAAAGUGACCCCUGACGAUGUCAUCAACAUUGCUAGGGAGAUUCUCCAGCCAUAUACUCUGGAGUAUAACCAUUGUGACUGGUUCUCCGUAUACACAGUCGGUCAACGGCUGGCCACAUCCUUCAGUCACCAUGACCGCGUGUUCCUUGCCGGUGAUGCAGUACAUACUCAUUCUCCCACCAUGGGCGCAGGAAUGAAUGUCUCCAUGCAAGAUAGUCACAAUCUCAUCUGGAAGAUCGCCACCGCUAUUCGCACACAAAAUAGAGAUAUCCUGGCUACCUACACCUCCGAGCGCAUGGCUGUCGCCAAAGAGCUGAUACACAAAGACCGCGCAAUGAGUGAUUUCUAUUGUCAUGGUCCUUCCGCAAGCUCAGCUCGCUACCAAGAAUUUCGAGAGGAUUUUCGAGACUUCGUUAGCGGUGUUACUGUUGAGUAUAGUCCCAGUCUCUUGGUGUGCGAGGCGGAAGACAUCACCAACCACACAAGCAACGCCGAAGACUUGCAACAAGUCCACUCCAAACCGCAACUCGCUCGCAAUCUAACCUUGGGCCAACGCCUGCCCUCCUACCAUGUCACAAACCACUUCACGGCCGAAGUCAAUCACAUCCACUCUGCCUUGAAAAGCACCGGACAAUGGCGUAUCAUCUUCUUCCCUGGUGACAUCAGCACCCCUGACCGCUUCUCUGCUUUCAGCAAUCUAGGCAACCAUCUCUCUGUCCCUGACUUGUUCAUCCGCACUUGCACACCACCAUCCGCACCCCUCGACUCUGUGAUUGAGAUUUUGACCAUCCACACCAGUGCCAGGAAUGAAGUUGACGCCUUGUCGUUGCCUAAUAUCUUCCACCCAUGGGACGACAAGACGGGAUACGAUUACGGGAAAAUCUUCGCUAGGGACAACGACCAAGGAGAUGACAUAUACAAAGCUUUUGGUAUUGUUGAGGAAGAAGGAUGUGUUGUGGUGUGUAGACCCGAUCAACAUAUCGGCUACAUUGGGGCCUUGAUGGAUGUGGACAGUCUUGGACGAUACUUGACCAAGAUCCUGGCUCUGAAGAAAUAUGCUCACAGCUUGACAGAAAGG